UAGGUCUAGGAUUUAGGACUUGUGUGCCGCCGCUCGUGCCUGGGCCUCCUCCGGCUUUCCCGUCAAGUCUGCGGAGGUCUGACCCGGUGUGGCGGGCUUCGCCUUCUCACGCGGCAGCGGGCCGGAAACCCUGAGGAGCCUUCACCGAUCUUUUGGGCCUUCUCACAAGGAUGGAAUUGCUAGUCUUUUGUGUCUGGGCCCUGCUGGCCUUGAUCCCUUUCCCAGGGGCGACAGAAGAGAUAUUUGAGGUUUCUGUUUGGCCAGAUCAGGCCCUGGUAAAGUUUGGACAGUCCCUAAUGGUCAACUGCAGCACUACCUGUCCAGACCCUGGACCCAGUGGGAUUGAGACUUUCUUAAAGAAAACCCAGGUGGACAAAGGACCACAGUGGAAGGAGUUUCUCCUGGAGGAUGUCACAGAGAAUUCUAUUCUGCAGUGCUUCUUCUCUUGUGCAGGGAUCCAAAAGGACACAAGCCUUGGCAUCACUGUGUAUCAGCCGCCAGAGCAGGUGAUCCUGGACCUGCAGCCUGCAUGGGUAGCCGUGAAUGAAGCGUGUACAGUGAAGUGCCAAGUACCCAGUGUAGCACCUCUGGAGAACCUCACCCUUACCCUUCUCCAGGGUAACCAAGAACUACAUAGAAAGAACUUUAUGAACUUGGAUGUGGCCUCCCAAAGAGCUGAGGUCACCAUUAAUGUCAAAGCCCAAAGGGAGGAUGACAGGUGUAAUUUCUCAUGCCGUGCAGAACUGGACUUGAGUUCACAUGGUGGAGGGCUCUUUCACAGUAGUUCAGCCAUCAAGGUACUCCAGAUCUUCGAAUUCUCUCAGAGCCCCCAAAUCUGGGUCUCCCCACUUCUGGAGAUUGGUAUGGCCGAGGCUGUGAGCUGUGAGUUGACUAGGGUGUUCCCAGCCAGAGAGGUCAUGUUCUACAUGUUCCUGGGAGACCAGGAGCUGAGCCCUUUUGUCUCCUGGAAAGGAGACAUGGCAUGGGCCAAUGCCACCAUUCGGGCCAUGGAGACUGGUGAUCAGGAGCUGUCUUGCCUUGUAUCUCUGGGUCCAAUGGAACAGAAAACAAGAGAGCCAGUGCAUGUCUAUAGCUUCCCUCCACCAGUCUUAGAGAUAGAAGAAUUAUACCCAUCGGCAGGGACGGACAUUAAUGUGACCUGUUCAGGGCAUGUAUUAACAUCACCCAGUCCUACUCUUCGGCUGAAGGGAGCCCCAGACCUCCCUGCGCCUGGGGAGCCUGCCUGGCUUUUACUUACGGCCAGGGAGGAAGAUAAUGGCCGAAAUUUCUCCUGUGAGGCCUCUUUGGAGGUUCAGGGUCAACGGUUAAUCAAAACUACUACAAUGCAGCUCCAUGUCUUAUACCAGCCUCGGUUAGAGGAAUCUGAUUGCCCUGGCAACCAGACGUGGGUGAAAGGGACAGAGCAGAUGCUUGCCUGCAUCCCAAAGGGAAACCCAACUCCAACCUUGGUAUGUACCUGGAAUGGAGUGAUCUUCAACCUUGACGAGCCACAGAAGGCAACCCAGAACCACACGGGGAUCUACUGCUGCACAGCCACUAACCAGCUGGGCUCUGUCAGCAAAGACAUUGCUGUCCUUGUUCAAGGACUGGAUGAAGGAAUCAGCUCCACCAUCUUUGUCAUCAUUAUCGUUGCCCUUGGAGUGGGUAUUAUCACCAUAGCACUGUAUCUGAACUACAAGCCUUGCAAAAUAGAGAGGCGGAAAUUGCCCUAUAGGCAGAAAGAGAAGAACAAAGAGGAGGAAAGCCAGUUUGCUGUUCAGCAAGCAGAAAAGUGCAAUGCACAUAAUUGUUAAAUGGAAACAGCUCUUUGGUUGAAGGCAACCUAUACUACUGGGGUUUCCUAAGGGAGGAAAGGUGGGGAGGAGAAAGGAAGAGACAUUACCUUUGUGUUCUACAGUCCCACAAAACAAGUGUUUCAGACCCCCAUGUCCCUUGUAUCCCAUCCAUCCACAAGCUCAGCUUCUCCAAGUUCACUCUAAUCACUAGGAAUUUCAGUCUCAGUGUCCAGCUAAUGAGAGGGCCUCUUGCUCCUUGCUGUGCACUUAAUCAGUUCACUCACUUAGUCCCCAAAAGAGGAUCCUGUCCUUUGCUCCCAAACAUCAGACUGUAGAGAUAGUUGGAAAUAUCUCAGAAAUGCAACUCAUUUCUCAUGACUGAGAACCAGUUUUUUAGUCCACAGACAGGACUUCAAAGGGACUGUGUACCAAAGAGAUAGGAAUCAGAAAUUUAUUCCUGCCUACACAUUCCUCUGCUCCUCUAACCUGGGGUUCUGGAGUGCCGGCUCCCAGAGCUGAGUCUCAUAACACCAUUAAGGGUCAGUGGCUGGUUAGGCUUCAACUCAUUAACCAUCCAUUAUGUGCCUUGGAGGAGUAUAAAAGUCAUAAAUUCCACAUUGGGUCAGAUAAGCCACUUACCUAACACCAUGUUCUGUCCCUGAAGUGGAAACGAGAGUUCUUCCAUUAAAUUGGCCUCAUAGGUUAAGGGCUCCGAACAUUUUUGAAUUCCUCUUCAUAAUCCACUAUAAAGUAAUCAUCUGUGAAUUUGACAUACUGAUUUUUUAAUCUUACAGGCCCUUAGGAUAGAGUUCCAAUGUUUAUCCUCCCUUUCCAUAAAGAAGUACAUAUUUUCAUUUGUCUGCAAACUAUUCCCUUUAAGCUUCAGAACAACUCCUGAGACAAUGUUUACCAUAUGAUCUUAUGAUUCAGCUUUCUUCUCUGUUCUGUGAUUCCUCUCUACAGAAGACCAGAGGAGUCCUAAAACCACAUUUUUUUCUCCCAAGUCAGUCAUAUAUGGGUCACUAAGAUGUUGGGUACAGUAAAAAAUAAAAGUGAUUUUACAAUAUCUGAAA